UGAGGCUAUCUUUAUUGGUCCAAUUGAAGGUGCAAACAGUGUUUCAAGUGGUGGAUAUGACAUAUCAUGAAAUGAAUGGGAUUGUGGAUAGGGAUUUGGUCUUGGUUUUCCAAAAGCCAAGUUCGGUCAGAUUGGGAGGUGCAAACACUGUUUAAAUUUGAAAUCAAGCUAAAGUGUUCCCUCUAAUUUCCAAAAUUUUAUUUAUACGUGAGUGAAUGUGGGUGGGUUGGUUUCGUUCCCAAGCUCUAUCCCUAUAAAUAGAGAACCAUUGAUAUCCAAGAUCCCCACAUCUACAUCUUCCAAAGCAAACAAUAGCUUAGGCAAAAAUUCUCAAGACGGUUGGCAUGUGGUCCAUGUUCCGAGAAAUAGACCAGAGCAAGACCACAUGGGCGUUCAAAGCUAGGGCUAUUCGUGUUUACCGGGAGCCUGCGCAUGACUGCUUUCUGGAGUCCUUGGAGAUAGUUUUUCAUGAUGAGGAGGUUUGUGUGUCUUAGAUUAUGUUGUUUCCUAUUGCUCUUCCAGUUUUAAACUACAAUGUUGGGAUGAAUUGUUAUGGAAGUAUUUGGGAGAAAAUGUAUGACAAAACACAGUUUUGAAUGUUUUGUAAAUAGGAUCGAGGUGCUCAUGUAGAUUAAAACAAUGAAAAGGUUCUAUAUAUGCAUUUUCUAUAUUCUAGACCAUGUGUUCACUUUGUACGUAAUUGGAAUUUGUUCUGUCCACUCAUAAUUUAAAAUUGCAGGGUUCCGAAAUCCAUGCACACAUUCCUGACCAGUACAUUAACAUGUUCAACGGUGUAUUCAAGGAAGGUCGUGUUUUCGCGGUUAAGAAUUUUAUGGUCGAGGAAAAUUACAUGUUUUUUAAAACUAUGACCAAAGCUUAUCGUUUACGUUUCUUCAGCAAGAGCGCGGCCUUUGAGAUUAAGGGUGUUCCCUUUCCGUUGAGGACUUUCUUGCUUGUGUCGUUUGCAUCGCUGCAAGCUAUGGACACCAUUGAUGAGAAAUACGGAAUCAGUGCGCAAACUAUUUUUUAUUUUGAUAUUGGAACCCAUUUUGUGUAGAUUGUCGUCUAAUUUGAUGUUUAUCUAAAAGAUAUAAUAGGUCAAGUGGUACAUGACAAGGACCCUAGGACGAUUCUAAAAAAUGAAAGGCCUAGAAAACUGAUGGAGCUGAUUUUGGGUGAUACGGAGGGAAACGUCAUUGCAUGCACCCUUUGGGGACCGAUGGUAGAGAUGUUGUUGACGUACGAGCUAACAACGUCGGAUCCAAUCAUAAUGAUGCUCCAAUGUUGUUGGGCUAGGAAGUACCGAGGUCACGUUCAUGUCUCAAACAUGUUCAACACCACCUAGGUCAUUUUGAAUGGUACUGAGGAUGAAUUCAUGGAAUUCAGGUCUAGGUGAGAAGUCGAACAUCAUUUAAUUUUCGAGAUCUAAAAAAAGCAAUUUAUCAAAACCGAAAAAUUACUUGAACAACAUGGGUGAGAGGGCAGUUCAGGGAUUGAGUUUCACUAUACAAUCAGACAACUCCAAUGAUGGAGACGUUGCAAGUGGGCAGCAAGAGUUAUUGACCAUUGAUGAUCUUAGCAAACUACGGGAGGUUUCAUUUGGAUUUGAAUUUGCAAUUGAAUAAAUAACUCUAAGGAUUGAUGACCUAUUAAACCUAACGGAAUUAUUUUUUUUGGAUGAUAAACAGGAUGGGAAGCACUGGGUUUACGGGGAAAUUGUCGCCAUCGACAGCUAUAAGGAUUGGUCUUAUGUUUCGUGCAUUGGUUGCAACAGGAAGGUUUCCGCUAACGGUGAUUGGAUCCGACGUUGCCUAACGUGUUUAGGUACAAAGUUAAUGUGAGGGUUAUUGAUGGUACAAACCAUGUGCCUUUCUUGCUUUGGGACAGAGAAGUGUCCUGUUUGUUGGGCAAGUCUGCAGCCUCGCUCAAGGACCAAAUAACUAGGAGGAACUUCGGUCCGCAUUACUUUCCAUAUGAGAAAUUCUUUGAUUGACAUCAAGGCUCUAUUUAGAGUUCAGUUCAAAAGAGACAGCAGGAACUUUAAGGGAAACCAGACUUUUAGUGUUCUGAAGAUGAACACGGAUCCUAAAGUACUUGCACUCUACUCAAAUAAAAUAAAUGGAAAGGAGGAGGAGGAUGAGUUCAGCAGAUUGGCUUCGCAAUAUUCUGGGACUGAAAAGGCUGGAUCUUCACAGGCUACAGUGUCUAGCCCACUUAUGACUAAGGAGAAAAGACAGGUUAUGGAUGUGGACGUUGAGAGAGUGAAGCGUGACCUAUUUGGAGAUCAUUCAGUGUCAACUUCAUCAAAGAAGCUCAAGGCAGUGAAGAUUGAAAAGGAGUGAACAAAGAAUUGAAUCUAGGCAGUGUUUGUUCGGUGUGAUUAAUAUAUAUGUUGUCUACGACAGUGAUAUACCUGCUUAGUUUAUUAGAUCAACUAUAACUGUAAAGGACAAAACAUCUACCCUAGCGUAGCCUUGAAUUCUGAGUUAUUCUUUGUGAUGGCUUUUUUUUUUGGGAUGUUUUGGUCUGGGUGAAAGUGGUCACUAGUAGGUUUAUCUACUGCUGCACAAGCUACCUAUGUAUUUUAAUUUGAAGAUGCAUUCAGUGGAAUGUACCUUUUCAAAGUGUGUAUUGAAGAUGCAUUCUAAUA